UCAACAAAUAAAUAAUACAUUUCCAUUGUCUAUAUAUAUUUUAUUUUGUGCAGUCCAAAAUACGAAUUACUAAUCCCAACCCAAAAAAAAAUCACAUACUAUAUUGAUUGAUAUUAAUUCCAGUAGCGUCAUUAUGUAUCAAGCAGACGAAUCAAAGCCUGUGACCGGUUUACCGGUGAGCUACAACAACGCUAGUAGCGGCGCCGCGCCAUAUUCUUCCUCCGUCGACAGCAGCGCCUACUACCAGCCGCCACCUAAACCUCCUCAAGAAUGGUCCACCAGCCUCUGUGAUUGUUUCUCCGACUGCGGCAAUUGUUGCAUAACGUACUGGUGUCCAUGUGUGACCUUUGGCAGAGUUGCUGAGAUCGUUGAUAGAGGAUCUACCUCAUGCGGUGCGAGUGGGGCACUGUACGCGCUGGUGUGUUGCCUGAUUGGAUGCGGAUGCUUGUACUCGUGCUUCUACAGAUCGAAGAUGAGGCGUCAGUUGAAUCUGAAAGGAAGUGACUGCGGGGAUUGCAUGAUCCAUUGCUGCUGCGAGCCAUGCGCCUUGUGCCAAGAAUACCGUGAGCUUGAGAUGCAAGGCUUUGACAUGCACAUUGGCUGGCAUGGCAAUGUCGAGCAGAGGAGCCGCGGUGUUGCCAUGACUGCUCCUUCUGCUCCACCGCCUCAACCCCCCAUGUCCCGUUGACUUCAUUUAUCAAGCAAUCAUGUAAUAAUGUUUGUGCCUUUCUGGAACGUGUCUGUUUUCUAAUCCUAAUAAUUAUCGUUGUUAAGUUGUACCAAAGUGGCAAAGUACUACUUUGAUUUAUUAUUGGAUAAAUGCCGGUAUUUUGUAUA